AUGCCUGUUUAUGCUAUCGUGAAACAGGACACAAACACAAGAAUUAUAGUACAGGAACAGUUCAAUCUGGAGAAAUUCGGAUUUUUCAAACGAGGAACAAUCAAGGACUUUAUAAAGGGGAUGGUAAAGGAGGUGUCAAAGAGUCUACCAAAGGAUUCCCAGCUAAGAGAAGUAAGAGAGAAGUUCAAUGAGAAGGAGCAGUUCAAGAUAAUAUUCCAGAUGAGAAGUGUGUUUAGAGUAUUUAUUAUAACAGACAUUGAAUACAACUCAAAGAUAGCCUACAAACUUCUAGAUAAGUGCUAUGAGAACAAUGCUAACUAUGAGUAUCUAAUAAAGGAAUACAAGCAGUGGGAGGACAAGGACCAAUUCAAGAAGAUAGAAGACCAGCUGGAGAAGUGCAAUGUGAUUGUCAUGGAGGGCCUUUCUCAGAUUCUACAGCGUGGAGAGUCUCUAAGCGACUUAGUUGAAAAGAGUGAGAAUUUGAGUAUGCAGACAAAGAUUCUAUUUAAAACAGCUAAAAAGAAGAAUUCAUGUUGCUGA